CGAAAUCGGACGGGAAAGGCCGCGAGACAAACCGGAGUUACAGCCUAUUGACUCCCCCGAAGAUCGCAGGUGAGGAAGGACAGAGUUCUGUUGUCUUCACUUGCCUCGGUGGACUCCCAAAGGCAUCGGGUUGCCUAAGGGCUGGAAAAUCUGUCUUGGCAAACUUCUUGUCAGAGACCACUGAAAGUAUUGGCAGUUACAUCCCCACACAAGGAGUAAGGAUUUUAGAAUAUGAGAAGCCACAUUUCAAUGGAAACAACAAAGGACCAGGAUGUCGGUUUGAACUAUGGGAUUGUGGAGGUGAUCAAAAGUUUGAGACUUGCUGGCCUGCUCUGAUGAAAGAUUCCCAUGGUGUUGUCAUUAUUUUUAAUCCAGACUUGCCAAGCCAUGUGAAGGAAAUUGAAAUGUGGUACUCCUGUUUUGUCCAACAGCAGCAGUUGCUUGAGAAUCAGUGCUUGCUCAUUGCACAUCACAAGCCAGGCACUGCAGAUGUAGAGAAUCUCACAUUGCCUUCACCAUUGAACAGGCUGACAUUGAUACACUCCAGCCUUGAAGAAGACCCUGAAGAUGUCCGAAUGGAAUUUGUGAAGUUCCUGAAGAAUAUUACUAAUUUGGUAAAUGAGAACCGGGACAGAGAGGAGAUGCUGAUUAUUAAUUAGUAAUAUGAUAAACAUUGGAGAAAUAAAUGGCUAUUAUUUAUAAAUAACUUUAAGUUUCCAUUAGGCCUUUCUUAAUGAUUACAAAUUCAUUUUUCUUCCAAAUGUGAGAAUAACUGUAUUGACUUGGAGUUGUGUAACAAGGGAAUCAGCAUUCACUGUGCGGUACACAAUGAAAAAUACAUAGCUAUGGAUCCCAUAUACAGGUAGUCCUCAACUUACAUCAGUU